AUGUUUUGGUGCCUGGUGCCCUGCCCUGACAAUUUCCGUGACAUGACAGACGAAAUAUCAGUAAAGCUUUAUCGGGGUCGCAGAUCGGUGCAACAGGGACCUAUUCGCACAAAUCUACGGUUACAGCUCCGAAGUAAUCUUCCUACAGCUUCAGGUCGGUCGGGUGGCUGGACUGAAAUGGAUCACUCCACUUUUCUGCAGAUACGGGCAACCGAACGACGUCUGAGAGGAUUUAAACAGGCCCAUUUGAUCGCUUGCCUUGAAACAGCUACGACGAGGGCAUCUGAUUGUUCGGAUACUGAACCUUCGUCUGACUUGAUAGAAUGCCUACAAACGGUUGCGGGACAGCUCAUGACUAAGUCAAUUCAGCAGGUAGCCGAGCACGAAAUCUGGUGGCGCAAAAUGAAGCAUUUGGAGGCAGAAAAAAAACGAGCUAUCAAAGCCUGGAGGCAGCGUCAGGUAUAUUGA